AUGAGCGUUCCCGACGUGAAAAUCUUCCCCCACGCAACGGGUCUGGCUUCGAAAACCAUCAGCGAGCACCAAGAUAAGCAGGAUCUCGUAUUUUACUCCGGCUGGGUCUGCCCGUAUGUGCAACGCACCCGGAUCGUUCUCGAAGAGCGCGGCAUUCCCUACCAGUACGUGGAAGUAAACCCAUACAAGAAAGGGAAACACUUCCUCGAAAUCAACCCAAAGGGCCUCGUCCCCGCCGUCGAGUGGAAGGGACAGGCACUCUACGAGUCCCUGAUCCUCUGCGAGUUCCUCGAGGACGCGUUCCCCUCCCAGACGCCCCACAUCCUCCCCUCCGAUCCGAUCGCCCGCGGCCGCGUGCGCAUCUGGGUCGACUUCAUCAGCAAGAGCGUCGUCCCCGCCUUCAUGCGCACCGUCAUGGCGCAGGAGCCCGCAAAGCAGGCGGAGAGCCUCCAGGAGUUCUACAACGCGCUCCGAACGCUCAUGGCGCAGGUCGAGGGCCCGUACUUUGCUGGCGAAGAAUUCACGCUUGCCGAUGUCGCUGUCGCGCCGUGGAUCGUGCGCGACUAUAUACUCAGGGACAACCGAGGGUACGACCGGUCGGCGGUCGGCAGUGGGUGGAAUGAGUACGCUGAGAGGAUCGAGUCGCGGGACAGCCUCAAGAAGACGAGCAGCGAUAAGUACACGGAGAUCUACGGGCGUUACCUGCGCGACGAAGCGAUGAGUGAGGCAGCGAAGGCUAUCAGAGCUGGGCGUCCAUUCUAG